GCCCAGCCCAGGAAGGGGAAGUUGGGGUUUGGGGCCUUUUGGGGACGCUUGGGGUGCCACCGAGGCGCCACCGAGGUGCCACCAUGUCCCUGCCCUCGGUGUACGGGGACAAGCUGGCCGAGAAGCUGACGCUGCUCAACGAGCGGGGCCGGGGGGUCCUUGUGCGCGUCUACAACCUCAAAAAGACGUGCUCGGACCCCCGCACGCGGCCGCCCUUCCUGGGGGACAAGGCCAUGGAGGCCUCGGCCAAGUUCAUCCUGAAGAAAUUCCCGCACCUGGACGUGCGCAGCAGCACCCAGCACCUGGGCCCGGUGCACAGGGACAGAGGGGACAUCGUGCGGGCGCUGGCUCCGUUCUACCAAACCUUCCUGGACGUCCUGGAGUUCCGGGACCACGUGUACGAGCUGCUCAACACCAUCGACGCCAGCCAGUGCUUCUUCGACAUCCACAUCAACUACGACCUCACCAAGGGCUACCUGGACCUGGUUGUCACCUACGUGUCGCUGGUGCUGCUGCUGGCGCGCGCCGAGGAGCGGCGCCUGCUGCUGGGGCUCUACCAGUGCGCGCACGAGAUGAGCCACGGCGCCAGCGAGCCCGGUUUCCCCCGCCUGGCGCAGAUGGUGCUGGAGUACGAGCACCCCCUGAAGAAGCUGCCCGAGGAGUUCGGGCCCCACACCAAGGCCGUGAGCAGCGCGCUGCUGUCCCUGCGGGCCCCGCUGGCGCGGCGCUGCCGGGACGCGGAGCUGUGGCGGCAGGAGCAGCUGCUGUCCCUGCUGGGACCCGCGGGGGACAUGCUGAGCCCGGUCACCUGCGACAGCGUGAGUGGGGACAGGGGGACAGGGACAGGCUGAGCCCGGUCACCUGCGACAGCGUGAGUGGGGACA